AUGACGUACAAGAAUCACAAGUGCGAGGAGCUGGUGGAGACCUACUGGGUCCGUAUCCAGCUGACUCACAAACCAGUGACAACUCCACUGAAUGCUCCCAAUUUGAAGGCUGCCAUUGCGGAUGCCAUUCACAAGCGUUAUGACAACUUCAACAAGGACAUGGUGGAGGAAGUCCAGUAUGACCCUGAUGCCCGUCUCAUUGUGGUGGAUGUGAAGAAGCCAAUGGGAGAACGCAAGAGUGACCUGACCAAUAUGGCCUAUUACAUGGAGAAAGAUGUCAAGAUGCUGCCCCUGUUCAAGAACCAGGACAAGUUUGAGCCCACUGUGGGCAGCCAGAAGCUGGAGAUGGAGAACAUCCUGGUCUACUAUGUGGAUGAGAAGGCCCCCACUUUCACCACAGAUAGGGCCUCUGGGGGUGUUUUUGACCCUCAGACACUCUCACUCACAUUGGUACUUGCUGCCUGCUGCUUCACAAUCCUUCAGGUCAGCAACUGAAAAGAACAAGAGUGAGACAAAAGAGCUUAAGACAUACUGAAACUGAUUAUCUUGUCAACUCAUUUUUUUUAGAAAAUGUUUAGAGGUCCAAUAUUUCAAUUGAUUAACUCCAGAUAAAGUUUUGCAAUAUGCAUAAUAUUUUCUUUAUUUUUAAAACAUGUUUAUCUCAUUUUAAAGUAGGAAUAAAGUCUCUCAAAGUCUUUCUUUUUUAUUAUCUUUAAUUUUGUUUAUUCAAUGUUUAACUCCAUGAACACUUUCUGCAAUAAAAUGUUAUUGUCUUUGUUUAAUUCUUCAAAAUGCUGUAUAUCUCCAUCUCAAGAUGAAGAUAUCUGACAUGUCAUCCACCUCUGUUCUUGAAUUAGGAAGUAAAGUCUUGAUUUGACCUAA